CAAAGUUGCCUAUAUUAUGAAAAUAAAUAUAUUGCAUCUGACUGUAACCUUAAACAUAAUUCUUGUUAUUUCUAUGUAAAAUCAUCAUCAAAAACAAGAUAAAACAUGGAUGUUAACAACGAUGAAUCUCUUUCUGAUGAUGAUCAACAAGAGUUAUUCAUCAGUUUCCCCUUCGAGGUGCAAAAAGCAAUUGACCAGGUUCUACCCAGUAAAGACCCGCUGGAUAAACCCGACUUCAACACAAUCGACUACAUAAACACACUAUUUCCCACCGAACAAUCCCUGGCGAAUAUCGACGACGUGGUAGCUGACAUGGAAGGCAAAAUCGUCUCAAUAGAUGAGGACAUCUCCACUGUAGUAAGGACACAAACCACAGCAAGUCAAGAUGGCAGACAAGCCCUGGAAGAGUCUCAGAAACUAAUCAAACAACUAUUCGUCCACAUGCGAGACGUAAAGGAACGCGCGGAGAAAUCCGAAGAGAUGGUGCGGGAAAUCACGCGAGAUAUCAAACAAUUAGACUGUGCAAAGAGAAACCUUACACUAGCAAUCACAACACUGAAUCAUCUCCACAUGCUUGUAGGAGGUGUAGAUACAUUAAAAACAUUAACACAGAAACGCCUCUAUGGAGAAAUAGCGCUACCCUUGCAAGCAAUCAGUGAAGUAAUGGCACACUUUGAGAAUUACUCAGACAUUUCACAGAUCAAAAGCCUAAGUGACCAAGUCAACAGCAUAAGAUUUGAGUUAGCUGAGCAAAUCACCAAGGAUUUCCACCAGGCAUUCACAGCCAGUGCAAAGGUGACUCUACCCAGCAAACAACUCCAACAAGCUUGCCUGGUUGUCUCUGCAUUGGAUGUCAAAGUGAAGAAUGAUUUGUUAAAGUGGUUUGUUGAUCUACAACUGGUUGAAUACAAGCAUUUGUUUCAAUCUACUGAGGAUACAGCUUGGUUGGAUAAGAUUGACAAGCGCUACGCAUGGCUGAAACGCCACCUGUUGGAGUUCGAGGAACGUCUAGGGACGAUGUUCCCACAGAAUUGGGAAGUGAGCGAGCGUAUUGCUGUGCAAUUCUGUAAUCACACCCGCGAGGAACUUUCGGCGUUGAUGCAGAAGAGAAGACAUGAGAUAGAUGUGAAAUUAUUACUAUUCGCUAUUCAGAAAACCACGAAUUUUGAGAAUUUAUUAAGUCGGAGGUUUUCCGGUGUUACUGUAGAUGUAGACAAAGCAAAUGAAACAUUUGAGAAUUCCGUGUGGAAUGGAAUCAUUGGAGGUUGUUUCGUGGCACAUCUGCGUAUUUACAUUGAUUCCGUCGAUAGGAAUCUGCAGGAUUUGAUCGAGAGGUUCCAACAGGAUGAGAAACUUAACUUUACGACUGAAACAAGCGAUACGCAAGCUACGGUGAUCCCCAGCUGCGCGGAUCUGUUUGUUUUCUACAAGAAAUCAAUGAUACAAUGCCACCAGUUGGAUAAGUCGCAAUCAAUGUUAGACCUGACGAAAGUAUUUCAAAAAUACUUGAGGGAAUAUGCUUUCAAGUUGUUACAGAAUAAUAUUCCGAAGAUAGAGCAGCAACCGCAGUUGAAAGGCAGUGUGCAGUCGUUGACGCGUGAUUUGCCACGGAUUUCCACGUCGGGUUUGAUGCAGAACUUUUCCUCGCUGCUCAAAGAAGGCGAGAUUACCCGAUUCACCAAAGAGGAGCAGACGAAAGUGUGUUGUAUCCUAACAACUGCCGAAUAUUGUCUGGAAACCACGCAGCAAUUAGCUGAGAAACUCAAAGAGAAAAUCGAUAAGGAUUUAGCCGAAAAGAUUGACUUUACAAACGAGCAGGGACAUUUCCAGAGCGUGAUUGCGAAUUGUAUACAAAUCCUAGUCCAGGAUUUGGAGAACGCUUGUGAGCCAGCAUUGACGACAAUGUCAAAGAUCCAAUGGCAGAAUAUCGACAGUGUCGGGGACCAGUCACCAUAUAUAACCGCAUUGACAACGCACUUCAAGACAACUGUGCCUGUAGUGAGGCAUUGCCUAAGUAACUCCCGUAAAUAUUUCACGCAGUUUUGUAUACGUUUCGUGAAUUCGUUCAUUCCGAAAUUCAUCCAGACUAUCUACAAGUGUAAGCCGAUUAAUACCGAAGGUGCGGAGCAGUUGUUGCUCGACACGCACAUGUUGAAGACUGUGUUGUUGAAUCUGCCCUCGAUUGCGUCACAGAUUAAUCGACAAGCGCCUGCGCCGUAUACGAAGGUCGUGAAUAAGGGUAUGAGUAAAGCGGAGAUGAUUCUCAAGGUGGUUAUGACUCCCAUUGAGCCGGCCAAGGCAUUUGUUGAUCAGUUUUUGAAACUGUUGCCCGAGUCACAGCAGAGUGAAUUUGUGAAGAUUCUGGAGAUGAAGAGUGUGAAGCGGCAGGAGCAGGCGAGUUUGAUUGAGUUGUGCAAACGCGUAGAGAGUAAAAAUUAACUUAUCUAGUCUUAGAUAUAGAAUAUAAAAUAAACAUUCCGAGAUGA